AUUAUAUAUAGCUUCAGAAAAAAUACAUUCAUAUGCCCUUCUCUUGAAUUAAAUGACCCCAAUUGCCUUGCCUGUCACCAUCACCAUUAUUUUUAUCACUAUUACUAUCCUGACUGAUGAAAUCUGCUUUUUUCUUCCUUACUACCAGGGCCCUCUGUAUGUUAAAAAGAAGUAAACCCCACUCCAGCUUUCCCUGGGAUGGGGAUCUGGAUCAGAACCCUCCAGCAGAAAGGAAGAACUUUUGAAAAUCCCAUGUAGCCAAAGGUGAUUGGACCCAAGGGUCAACAUGGAAGGCCCCACUGGAACUUGGGGUGGUAGGGAGAAGCUAUCCUGGGAUGAAAUAUCAUCCUGAUCAGGUGGGAAUGACUAUCACAUCCACCCACUCACUCAAGGGAACAACAGAAUCGUGAGUCUUGCUUUGGCCCUAGGCAGGCUGAUACGUCUCCCCCCAUCUCCCCCCACCCCGUACCAGAUGCUUUACUCCUACUGGAUGGCGUAAGUCUUGCGUCACACAGAGGGCAGUAGGCGAUUGGGAGAAUGGUGUCCGCGUCUUCUUUUUUGACUAAUUAUAAAGUCGCCUUCUCCACUUCUUUGCUCCUGAUUUUGCUGAAGAGUUCCGAAGCUACAAGAGAUACCCUUCUUGGGAAGCGAAGGAAGUAGUCCCAGCACCGCUACUCUUCUCUUCGUCAGUUAGCUUCUUCGGAAGAAAGCCCCCGCAGGGUUCUUCCGUGGGAUCUUCGCCGAGAGGCUCUGAGCUAGAGCUCACUUCAGAAGCGCACCGUAUAUCCCGGAGCAGAGAAGAAAUACCAUGACAUUGCUUCUGAGGUGUUAUUUCUUGCUUUUGGCUCUUAACGCAUACCUUAUCCUUACUGUUCAGGCAGAAUGUGCAAAAGAUUGUGCAUCCUGUGCCCAUCAAUUGAUGUAUCAUGCUGAUAUCAACCCCUUGAGGCUGGGAAAACUACAUGCAAUAUGCUGCAGUAGGAAGAAGCCAUUGGCAUGUACACUAGAAUGUGAAGGAAAACUGCCUUCUGCCAAAGCCUGGGAAACCUGCAAGGAACUUCUUCAGAUGACUAAACUGGGCCUUCCCCAAGAAAGCAGCAGCAUCCUAAUGGACAGUCCAAAAGAGGAUGAAAGCCAUUUGCUAGCCAAAAAAUAUGGUGGCUUCAUGAAAAGAUAUGGUGGCUUUAUGAAAAAGAUGGAUGAGCUCUAUCAUGUAGAACCAGAGGAGGAGCCCAAGGAUGGAGAAAUUCUUGCUAAAAGAUACGGAGGGUUUAUGAAGAAAGAUUCAGAUGAUGAUGGUUUAGCUAAUUCGUCUGAUCUUCUAAAGGAGCUUCUUGCAACAGAGGAAAAUGCUGAAACAGGACACUAUCAGGACUUGAGUGAUAGUGAUAGUGAUGUCCUUAAGAGAUAUGGUGGCUUCAUGAGAAGCAUAAAGCGCAGUCCAGAGUUGGAAGGUGAUGCCAAAGAGUUACAAAAGAGAUAUGGUGGUUUCAUGAGAAGAGUAGGAAGGCCAGAAUGGUGGCUGGACUACCAGAAAAGAUAUGGUGGAUUUCUCAAGCGUUUUGCUGAUAUGCUUCUUCCUUCAGAUGAUGAUGGAGAAAAUUAUUCCAAAGAGGUUCCAGAGAUGGAAAAGAGAUAUGGUGGAUUUAUGAGAUUUUAGCAUCCCUUAUUUUGUCCUUUUGAUCCCAAAUCAAAGACUGCCUCAUUGACCAUAAUUUAUUGUAUUGUGUUGCUUGUACUGUACAGUUUUUUACUGUCCUGGUUAAUAAUGCAAUUUAUUGUCUGUUAUUUCAAGUUUUGUGCUCUCUUAAGUAAAAAAUAACUUCCGUUUUAGUCUAAUUUGUCUCUAUUGUACUUUCAUGCUAAAUCUAUUUUAAGUACCAUAUCCAUUUCUUUGAAGAAUGUAACUGUUUAACUGUAUAUACAAUAAAUUCUUCAUUUUAACUGCAUAA